AAUUGCUGCAGCUGUUGCUUUUCCGAAUGUGGCCUCUGCUGCCUCGGUUCUCGGAUUACGCCAACGGCCCCCCGUCGAACCGUCCAGCCUCUGGCUUCGUUGCAGCUUCUGAUAUUUGUUGUUGAUCACUAAAUCCAUCAUCUCCCAUCAUCCCCUUCUUCCAGAUCCAUUUAAUCCUGACCUCGCCGCUUCGAUCGAGGAACCCUCUGACCAACUUCCCCAGCUUCUUCUCCGUCUCUCAAGCUACUCCAGAAUGUCUGUUCCGUACCUCAUCAACAGUGCCGCCGGGCACAUUCCUGCCUCGGAGAGAAUCCCAGUUAUCGCCAGACCUUUCGUGAGCGAGCGAGCAAAGAAGACAUUGGACCUGGUCGAGAGAUUCGUCGAAGAAGAAUGCAUCCCCGCCGAUGCCGUCUUCGCCCAGCAGCUCAACCAAAAGGGUGGCGACACAGUCUCGCGCUUCGACGCCCACCCCCAGGUCAUUGAAGACCUCAAGACCAAAGCUCGCAAGCUGGGCCUGUGGAACAUGUUCCUGCCCAAGAACCACUUCAAGGAAGGCGCCGGGUUCUCCAACCUCGAGUACGGCCUGAUGGCCGAGUACCUGGGCAAGUCGGGCGUCGCCAGCGAGGCCACCAACUGUGCCGCCCCGGACACGGGCAACAUGGAGGUGUUCGCCAAGUACGGGACCGAGGAGCAGAAGCAGAAAUGGCUUGGCCCCCUGUUGAACGGUGAGAUCCGGUCGGCGUUCCUGAUGACGGAGCCGCAAGUGGCGAGCAGCGAUGCCACCAACAUCGAACUCGACAUGAGGAGAGACGGGGACUACUACGUGCUCAACGGCCAGAAAUGGUGGUCCAGCGGUGCGGGCGACCGCCGAUGCAAGAUCUACAUCGUCAUGGGCAAAUCUGACCCCAACAACCCGAACCCUUACAAGCAGCAGUCGGUCAUUCUCGUGCCCGCCGACACGCCCGGCCUCACGAUCGAGCGGAUGUUGUCGGUGAUUGGCUUUGAUGACGCCCCGCACGGGCACGGCCACAUCUCGUUCAACAACGUGCGCGUCCACAAGAGCAACAUGAUCCUGGGCGAGGGACGCGGCUUCGAGGUCGUCCAAGGCCGUCUGGGACCUGGGCGAAUCCACCACGCCAUGAGAUCCGUCGGUGCUGCCGAAAGAGCGCUCGAAUACUUCCUCGCCCGCAUGAACGACCCGGCCAAGAAGCCCUUCGGCAAGCUGCUCGCCGAGCACGGCAUCAUGCUCGAGCGGGUGGCGCGGUCGCGCAUCGAGAUCGACGCGGCGCGGCUCGCCGUGCUCAACGCCGCCAUCAAGAUCGACCAGUCCAACGCCAAGGACGCGCUCAAGGAGAUCGCCGAGGUCAAGGUCCAGGUGCCCAACAUGCUGCUCGACGUCCUGGACCGCGCCAUCCAGGCCUACGGCGGCGCCGGCGUGUCCCAGGACACGCCCCUGGCCAACAUGUGGGCCAGCGGCCGGACCAUGAGGAUCGUCGACGGGCCCGACGAGGUGCACAUGCUGCAGCUGGGCCGCAACGAGAACAAGCGCGGCCCGGCGCUGCUGAAGCGCAUCGCCGCCCAGAAGGAGAAGACCAAGGAGUUGCUCCGCCAGUAUGGCCUGGAGCCCAGGGACCCGUUGGCCUUGAGGCGGGUCAGCGGAGGUCAGUCCAAGUUGUAGCUUUUCCAUCAAGUCUGGGCGCGCGCGACGAACUCGCGGUCCAGGUUGUGAGUGGGAGAGAGUGAUGACUUGUGGGUUGGAUGCUGCGCCUGCUUGGUUUCUGUUGAUUGGCUGUAAUCAAAGGAAAAAGGGGUCGAAAGUUGCUUUGUGUAUCUGCAAAUCGUCCAAACUUGCUCCUUGGAGUUCUUCUCUUCCUGUCUCCCCUUUCGUGCGUGCUUCUGAAUGGUUGAAUGAGUGAGUACGC